AUCUGCCCUGAAACUCUCGGUGGCUGGAGCCGGGAGACUGGGCAUGCUCAGAAGCCAGGGCUGGCUUUGGUCUCAAGUAGGAAGCUUUCGCACUCGGGAGGCAGCAGCGACUUUGGGGAAAGUUGAUCGGAGAGGGGAGGACGCCCCAAGACGCGGAGCGGCGGCAGGAAGGAGCCCCCGGCAGCCCGGAGGAGCAUGGGCACCCUGCGGGAUUUACAGUACGCGCUCCAGGAGAAGAUCGAGGAGCUGAGGCAGCGGGAUGCUCUCAUCGACGAGCUGGAGCUGGAGUUGGAUCAGAAGGACGAACUGAUCCAGAAGCUGCAGAACGAGCUGGACAAGUACCGCUCGGUGAUCCGGCCGGCCACCCAGCAGGCGCAGAAGCAGAGCGCCAGCACCUUGCAAGGCGAGCCGCGCACCAAGCGGCAGGCGAUCUCCGCUGAGCCCACCGCCUUCGACAUCCAGGAUCUCAGCCAUGUGACUCUGCCCUUCUACCCCAAGAGUCCACAGUCCAAGGAUCUUAUAAAGGAAGCCAUCCUUGACAAUGACUUUAUGAAGAACUUGGAGCUGUCGCAGAUCCAAGAGAUUGUGGACUGUAUGUACCCAGUGGAGUACGGCAAAGACAGUUGCAUCAUCAAAGAAGGAGAUGUGGGGUCGCUGGUGUAUGUCAUGGAAGAUGGUAAGGUUGAAGUUACAAAAGAAGGUGUGAAGCUGUGCACGAUGGGUCCAGGAAAAGUAUUCGGGGAGUUGGCUAUUCUUUACAACUGUACCCGGACGGCGACCGUCAAGACUCUUGUAAAUGUGAAACUCUGGGCCAUUGAUCGACAAUGUUUUCAAACAAUAAUGAUGAGGACAGGACUCAUCAAGCAUACCGAGUAUAUGGAAUUUUUAAAAAGUGUGCCAACAUUCCAGAGCCUUCCUGAAGAGAUACUCAGUAAGCUUGCUGACGUCCUUGAAGAGACCCACUAUGAAAAUGGGGAAUAUAUCAUCAGGCAAGGUGCAAGAGGGGACACCUUCUUUAUCAUCAGCAAAGGAAAGGUAAAUGUCACUCGUGAAGACUCGCCAAGUGAAGACCCAGUCUUUCUUAGAACCUUAGGAAAAGGAGAUUGGUUUGGAGAGAAAGCCUUGCAGGGGGAAGAUGUCAGAACAGCAAACGUAAUUGCUGCAGAAGCUGUAACCUGCCUUGUGAUCGACAGAGACUCUUUCAAGCAUUUGAUUGGAGGAUUGGAUGAUGUUUCUAAUAAAGCAUAUGAAGAUGCAGAAGCUAAAGCGAAAUAUGAAGCUGAAGCUGCUUUCUUCGCCAACCUGAAGCUGUCUGAUUUCAACAUCAUUGACACCCUUGGAGUUGGAGGUUUCGGACGAGUGGAGCUGGUCCAAUUGAAAAGUGAAGAAUCCAAAACCUUUGCAAUGAAAAUUCUCAAGAAACGCCACAUCGUGGAUACGAGACAGCAGGAGCACAUCCGCUCGGAGAAGCAGAUCAUGCAGGGGGCUCAUUCCGAUUUCAUAGUGAGAUUAUACAGAACAUUUAAGGACAGCAAAUAUUUGUAUAUGUUGAUGGAAGCUUGCCUAGGUGGAGAGCUCUGGACCAUUCUCAGGGAUCGAGGUUCAUUUGAAGAUUCUACAACCAGAUUUUACACAGCAUGUGUGGUAGAAGCUUUUGCCUAUCUGCAUUCCAAAGGAAUCAUUUACAGGGACCUCAAGCCAGAAAAUCUCAUCCUAGACCACCGAGGUUACGCCAAAUUGGUUGAUUUUGGCUUCGCAAAGAAAAUAGGAUUUGGAAAGAAAACAUGGACUUUUUGUGGGACUCCAGAGUAUGUAGCCCCAGAGAUCAUCCUGAACAAAGGCCAUGACAUUUCAGCCGACUAUUGGUCACUGGGAAUCCUAAUGUAUGAACUUCUGACUGGCAGCCCACCUUUCUCAGGCCCAGAUCCUAUGAAAACCUAUAACAUCAUAUUGAGGGGGAUUGACAUGAUAGAAUUUCCAAAGAAGAUUGCCAAAAAUGCUGCUAAUUUAAUUAAAAAACUAUGCAGGGAUAAUCCAUCAGAAAGAUUAGGGAAUUUGAAAAAUGGAGUGAAAGACAUUCAAAAGCACAAAUGGUUUGAGGGCUUUAAUUGGGAAGGCUUAAGAAAAGGCACCUUGACACCUCCUAUAAUACCAAGUGUUGCAUCACCCACAGACACAAGCAAUUUUGACAGUUUCCCUGAGGACAAUGACGAACCACCACCUGAUGACAACUCAGGAUGGGACGUAGACUUCUAAUGUAUUUCUCUUACCUGCUUCUGCCUUGCUGAAGACAGCUUUUUCUGAGACACAGCUGCCAGCAAACCUGAAGGAAAGAGAGAAGAUUAGUGCUCGGGGUCACCAUGAUGCCUUUGAUCGAUGCUGCUCCAGUAACUACAGUGGCAUUAGGACUUAUUGCUUAGAUGACAGUAGUGCUCUUUACAUGUUUUCUGUUUGAACCUAAAAAUAGCAGUUGACAUGGUGGUCCUGAAGCAAAGCCUU